CGAAGACGGAACGGAAGGAGGACGUCGUGCUACGACUUGCUAAUUAUAGCAGCUAAUGGUUGGGGCGGAAAAACUGUGCACUUGCCAUCGAAAAUCGUAACUUCAUCUUAGUUUUGUGUGUUUAACAAAGACAGAGUCGUCGACAGCAAUCUCUUCGGCAGCAUAUUAACCGUGAUAUUUAGACUUUGGCACACCAUUUCAUCAAUUUCAGACGGAUCAAAAUGGCUGAUGACUUUGACGUUGAGGCCAUGCUGGAAGCUCCAUACAGAAAGGAUGAGAACAAGUCCUCUCAUGCAAAUGGACACGAUGAACACAGCAAGAAGAAAAGGAGGAGCAGGAGUCGGAGUCCAGGCUCAAAGAAGAAGAAAAGCAGGAGUAGGAGCCGAGACAGGAAGAAGAAUAAGAAGAGGAGCAAGAGCCGAGAGAAAAAACGCAGCCGCAGCAAAGAGCGCCAUCGUAGCCGCUCCCGAAGCAAGGAGCGAUCCGGACGCUACAAAGCACGCAAGAGCCCAAUUCGUAAACGUUCCAGAAGUCGAAGCCCUUUUAAAAAGGAGAAGAGUCCCGUUAGGCAACCCAUCGACAAUCUAACACCAGAGGAGCGGGAUGCCCGCACCGUUUUCUGUAUGCAACUUGCUGCAAGAAUCAGAGCUCGAGACCUGGAGGAUUUCUUCUCAGCAGUUGGAAAAGUUCGGGAUGUGCGAAUCAUCUCUGACAGAAACUCUCGGAGGUCAAAGGGCAUUGCAUACAUUGAGUUUGUAGAGUCGUCUUCUGUCCCACUGGCCAUCGGACUAACUGGUCAGAGGCUUUUAGGCGUGCCCAUCAUCGUCCAGGCCUCUCAGGCAGAGAAAAACCGAGCUGCAGCUGCGGCCAACAAUCUACAGAAAGGCUGUGCUGGUCCCAUGCGGCUGUACGUGGGCUCGCUGCACUUCAACAUUACUGAGGAAAUGCUGCGAGGGAUCUUUGAGCCGUUUGGAAAGAUUGAAGGGAUCCAGCUCAUGAUGGACAGCGAGACUGGGAGAUCCAAAGGUUACGGCUUUAUAUCAUUUGCAGAUGCAGAAUGUGCAAAGAAGGCACUGGAGCAGCUGAACGGCUUUGAGCUGGCCGGACGUCCUAUGAAGGUGGGGCACGUUACAGAGCGCUCGGACUCGUCAACAGCUAGCUCGUUUCUGGACAACGAUGAACUGGAGAGAACUGGUAUCGACCUCGGCACAACGGGGCGCCUGCAGCUUAUGGCUCGACUAGCAGAAGGAACUGGCUUGAAGAUCCCUCCUGCUGCUCAGCAGGCUCUACAGAUGACCGGGUCCAUUUCCUUUGGGGGCAUGGCUACUCCAUCAGUUCCAACCCCAGCUCCAAGCCAAGCUUUGAACCUCCCAUCACAGCCACUGGCCACACACUGCCUUCAGCUGUCCAACCUCUUCAACCCACAAGCAGAAAAUGAUCCUAACUGGGCUAAUGAAAUUCAGGAUGAUGUGAUAGAUGAGUGCAACAAGCAUGGAGGAGUUGUUCACAUCUAUGUUGACAAGAACUCUCCUCAGGGUAACGUGUACGUGAAGUGUCCCUCAAUACCGGCUGCAAUGGCAACUGUAAACGCCCUUCAUGGACGUUGGUUUGCAGGUAAAAUGAUAACGGCUGCAUAUGUUCCUUUACCGACCUACCACAACCUUUUCCCUGACUCGGUAACGGCCAAGCUGCUUCUAAUGCCCAUGCGUCGAUAGUCAAGACGGCUUCAGAGAGUCCAUGUAAAUACAUUUGUUUGCAUUUAUGGAAUUUCAUUGAAAAUUAGUUGGCUGUGUGUAAUAAAAAAGUGCCCUCACAUUUUUUCUCCUCCCCCCCCCCCCCCCCUAAAAAAAGUU